UUACCUUGUAUUAGAAUUAUUAGUUUCCGUAUGAAAUUGUUGAGUAUUCUUGAAAGCAUACAAUAGAAGGAUUCCAUACCAAUAGACCAAUAGCAAAGGAUAGCACCUUAUGGACACAUCUUUCAGAUUCAUAUAUGAAAUGACUCACCAACAUCCAACUCUAUAAUUUGAAUAUACCGCCAACUUUCCUUCACAUCACCUUGAAAACAUUGGCUGAGCAUGUCUUCAACUAACCAGUAACCAUCCCUAUUAAGUGCUUCAUAAAAUACGAGUAUUCAUUUACGUUGUUUGUAUGUAUAUGACUACAUUAUGCACAUCGGCAUAAAGCAGUGAUUAAUGAUACUAACAUUCACAUUUGUUUUUUCUCCUUUAUUGGCGUCAUCAAAGAUGAUAGCUAGCAUUUUCUCAAGUGGGCUUCAUCCAAGCAACACUUUCUUGUCUCUCUGAUACUCUUUAUAAACCACACCUUAGUCUUGGAUAGCAAAAGAAGUUGGGUGUGUAUGAGUUGAGUGAGUGCUCAAGAGUCUGGUUUGCUGGAGAUGAAGAUAGCAAGGAAAUGCUCUCAUUGUGGUAAUAAUGGUCACAACUCAAGGACUUGCAGAAACCCAAUAAGUGGAGUGAAUAAUUAUGGACUUCGGCUUUUCGGCGUGCAACUUCAUAUUGGUUCUCCCUUGAAGAAGAGCUUUAGCAUGGACUUUCUGCCGUCUUCUUCUUCUUCUCAUGCCGCUGCUUCUCCGUCUUCAUCAUCGUCGUCUUCCUCUCAUAUUUCGGUUGAUGAAGCUGCUGAAAAGAUCUCCAAUGGCUAUCUCUCUGAUGGUCUCUUGGGAAAAACACCCGAGAAGCCGAAAAAGGGAGUUCCUUGGACUGAGGAGGAGCACCGGUCAUUUCUAGCAGGUCUUGAGAUACUCGGUAAGGGUGACUGGAGAGGAAUCUCCAGGCACUUUGUGAUGACAAGAACACCAACUCAAGUGGCCAGUCAUGCUCAGAAAUACUUCUUGAGACAAAACAACAUAAACAAAAAGAAGCGUCGAUUGAGCUUGUUCGACACGGUCGGACCUUGUGCAAGUGUAAUUGAGCUCAGUUUAUGUCCUCUGCCAGAUUUGGAGCUCAGUAUCGCCUCGUCACGAUUGCUGGAUCAAUAAAAAGUAUAAACCAUAAUCGUCGGAGCUUGAAAUUUGUUUGUAAUUUCUUGAGGAUCAAAUAGUGAAUCAACAUGUUAUUGAUGAAUAAAAUUUUCAUCUCUUCAAGCUAAUUCUUUUUGUGGU